AGAGCGAAAUAGAGAGAAGGGAUUAAAAAAAAAGGAAAGAGGCCGGUUGGCCGCAGAGAUUUACAAUCCGUCUCCAUCCGGAGCCCAGCGCCGCGUUAUUUAUUUUUUCAUUCGUUAUCCUGAUAGUGUCGGCCCGGAAGAAGGAACCCGGCAAGGAGGCACGUUUCAAGGGGUGCCUAAAGGAACCACCGUACUCAAUGACCUUCCAGCGAGAUGUCAGAUCGUUUGGGGCAAACUGCAAAGGGAAAGGAUGGAAAAACCAAGUACUCGUCGCUCAACCUGUUUGAUACUUACAAAGGAAAGUCCUUAGAAACCCAGAAACCCACAGUCACCACACGUCAUGGAUUGCAGAGUCUCGGUAAAGUUGCCGCAGCUCGGCGCAUGCCACCCCCUGCAAAUUUGCCAAGUUUAAAAGCGGAAAAUAAAGGCAAUGACCCCAAUAUUUCUUUAGUACCAAAAGACGGAACAGGAUGGGCAAGCAAGCAAGAAUCGCAAGACCAAAAGAGUACCGAUGCAUCAACAGCUCAGCAGCCGGAAUCGCAGCUGCCGCCGGCUUCACAGACGUCUGGCUCCAGUCAGCCGAAACGUCCAGCAGCAGCAACAGCAGUGGUAGCAGCUCCACAGGAGGCCACCCCUUCAGCACAAAGCGGAGCAAAAUCCUGGGCACAGGCGAGUGUUACACAUGGUGCACAAGGAGAUGGUGGAAAGGGAUCAAACCAACAGUCGCCAUUCUCUCGCGAGGAAUUUCCAACCCUGCAAGCGGCUGGAGAUCAGGACAAAGUUGGCAGAGAAAGGGACAUUGCAGAUCAGUCGUAUGGGCCCGGACCAAGCCUCCGCCCUCAAAAUGUGACCAGCUGGAGGGAGGGUGGUGGGCGGAACUUGGGUGCUCCGGGUGGCUCUUUGAUCGAGGGGGAAACCAAAGAGCUAAGCCCAGAAGAAGCAGCAAGCUCUAUAGCAUCCUCAGCCGACCAGAAGGUGACUGCGAGGAUGGCCGAACAACCACCUAGACCAGGGGUCGGUGUGCCACAGCAGGCAGUUCCCCAGCCAUACCCUCCACCAUACAGGGGGAUGAUGCCGGCUUUUAUGUAUUCCCCAUAUUGUGGUUUACCAUUUCCUACACCUUACGGACCACAGGGACCAUACAGAUACCCACCACCCGAUGCCAGCAAGUUUCCUCGUGUUCCAGGACCUCGACUUCCUCAACAUCCAACACGGAUGUCAGAAGCAGUGAAAAGACCCUCCAUCCUCAAACAGGACGACUUGAAAGAGUUUGAUGAGCUUGAAAACGAGACUGAUGAUGGAUGGGCUGGAGCACACGAGGAAAUAGACUACACUGAAAAGCUAAAAUUCAGUGAUGAUGAAGAUGACGAUGAUGCCGAAAAGGGGAAAUCUGAUAACUGGGAUGGCCAGACGAGUCGGCCAGAUCGGCAAGAGUUGCGCACCUCUGAGAACAGGAAGGAGCCCCCCUCAGAGGAGCACUUGUCAGUCAAAGCGGCUCGGGGCGAAGGUCCGGCCCCUGCCCAGACAGAGCUGGGGCCACCCGGGUCACAACCACCCAGAGUUUCUGCCAGCUGGGGCCCUGCUGUGGAUCACCAGGGUCGAAGAACAAGCAUGUGCUCACCUCACGAGCAUCAGGUUGCUCAAGGGCCGUACAGCAUCUACAGGCAGGCCGCUUCCCCCAGCAUACACCAGACUGCAGUUCCCCAGGACAAAGCCAACCCUGCCCUGGCUAAUCAAAAGGCUCCGGUGGGUGAAGAUGAAGACGAAGCCUGGCGUCAGCGGCGGAAGCAGUCCUCUACUGAGAUCUCUGCCGCUGUGGAGCGGGCGCGGAAGCGGCGCGAGGAGGAGGAGCGCCGCAUGCAGGAAGAACGGCGGGCUGCCUGUGCAGAGAAGCUGAAGCGCCUCGACGAAAAGUUUGGAGCCUCUGAGAAACGGCAGAAGUCUGAGCAGGAGAAGGAGGAGGCAUCAGAGGAAAAGGAGAACGAAGAGCCCGUGGGCUCCAAUAAACGGCAGCGAACAGCCAGCAGCAGCAGCUUUGAAAUGACGCAAGCUGAACCCCUACCCCCCCCUGAAAAGGAAACCGUUGAAGUGAAAGAGGAGGCAGGGGCGGUAAGAGUUGAGUCCAAGGUGGAAGCAGUGGUACCAGGGAGACAACCUCAACCUUCCCAGGGCUACUCCAAGUACCAGAAGUCCUUGCCACCCAGGUUUCAAAGACAGCAGCAGGAGCAGCUUCUUAAACAGCAGCAGCAGUGGCAGCAGCAGCAGCAUCAGCACCACCAACAACAGCAUCAGUCUUCCCAGCAGACUCCUCCUCAGCAACCACCACAGCCGCAACCUCUUGCCAUGGCCCCGUCAGCGCCUAUGCACCCACAGCAGCAGAAGCCCAUGUACCCAGGUUCCAUCGGCCGUCCACCACCACCUCCAAUGCCCCCGAUGGGUUACGACCCGCGUUGGAUGAUGAUGCCUCCAUACAUGGAUCCUCGCAUGCUGCAAGGCAGACCCCCAAUUGACUACUUCCCCCCAGGUGUUCAUCCUUCGGGUUUAAUGGCUCGUGAGCGUUCAGACAGCGGUGGUUCUGGAUCUGAACCCUUUGACCGACACCCUACAAGGGGUACGCCUCCUAUUGACCCCAAGUUGGCCUGGGCAGGCGAUGUGUUCCCAUCGGCAGAGAUGCGACCUUUGGCUUCACCUAUAAGACCACAUGAGGAAGAUGACAAAGGCUUGAGAAGUGAAACCCCACCAGUCCGGCACCGAGACAGUGGACCGCCUCAGUCUUUUGUGAGUGGUCUCCAGGUUUCAGAGAGUGGGCCUCGACAUGUUCCCCAGAUGCAGCGAUAUCCACUGAUCGAACGCAUGGAUGAGCAGAGACAGACCCCCUGGCAGAAUUCCCUGCCCAGUGUUCAGGCAGAGCUGGAACGGGAUAGACGGGUAGAGAUGCCUUCACAGCUUCAGCAUUCACAUCCACAGCGCAAGACAGAGCAGGAGUCGAUGUCUCUCCGCAGGGAAACUGCUCAACUGCAGCAUGAAGAUAAAAAGGUAGAAUCACUCGUCAUGCAUGUGUCUCGAGAAUCCAGCCAGCUUACCAAUACUGUGAAGAAGGCAGGGCCCCACAUUCAAGCCCCAGAGGUUCUACAGCACAAGGAAGACCACCCUGUCAAAGAGAACAAGCAGGAUGAGAGCAGGAAAGGAGACAAACCCAGCCGUCAGGAUGUGCACAGACCUCAGCGGAAGGAAUCAAAGACUGAAACCCGUUGGGGUCCGCGACCAGGCAGUAAAAACCGUGAUGAUAUGGGGGACAAACCUGCGCGAAGAGCCGGCCCCAUCAAAAAGCCAGUACUGAAAGACAUGAAGCGAGAAGACAGCGAGCAGGAAAUGGAGAAGGGAAAGCCUUCAGGAGAGAAAGUUACUGUCAAGGGGAAGGACAAGUCACAGGAGUCCAAAUUUGAGGCUGACCCAUCAAAGCAGGAUUCCUCUGCUAGUUUGAAAGCGAGCCAGUCUGGCCCUUCUUUGUCUGCCUCCAAUAAGGCUUCGCAAGGUCCCCCCAUUUCCAACGUGCAGGAUGACAGAGGGAAGGCCAAGUCUUCUGGAAAGGAUCAGAGGCCUGAGAAAAUGAAACCUUCCAAACCACCUCCAAAGGACUUCAACAGUGGCCCUCCACCCCCUCGGCGGAACAGAGAGCGGGAUCAUUCGUUUGACCGCAGCUAUUCAGGACGGGGCCGGGGCAGAGGGCGAGGUGAAUUCUUCUCGCGGGGCAGGGGCUACCGGGGUGCCUACGGCGGCCGGGGAAGAGGUGGCAGGGGCCGCAGCAGAGAAUUCCGAGGCUACAGGGAGCCCAUGUACAGAACAGAGGAAGGUGGCCCGAAGGGCUCGUUCAGGCCAAGGAACCCCAGUGAGACGCGCAGCGAGGGCUCAGAGUAUGAAGAGAUUCCCAAGCGACGCCGCCAGAGGGGCUCCGAGACUGGCAGCGAGACUCAUGAGAGUGCCAGUGAUGUAGCUCACUCCGAUAAGGAAGUCUCCUGCAGCUCCAAAGAGGCACCCAAGGAGUUCAGGAAUUCGGAUCACGGCCGUUCGGACAAGAAGAACAGAUCUGAGCCCCCAAAGUUUGGCGAUAAAAUGCCUCCCCGCUUAAGUGACUCUUCACGUGGCAGGAUCUUCACCCCACGCGGAGUUCCGUCUCGGCGAGGUCGGGGAGGUAUGCCCCGCGGUGGCGGUGGCCGCCCUCAGCAAGGCGGCUGGGGGCCUCCUUCAAAGAUGUCCCCCCCCAAGAAACAGCCUUCCAAAGAGCAGGUGAAAGCCCCAGAAAGCAGAGCCGCUGACAUCGCCCCGGGCAAAGAAGUGGAGAAGAGCCUCUCCGAGAAGCCGCCGCCACCGGUCUGCGAGUCCGUCGUACCCGAGGGGCAGCCUCACCGAACAGAGAGACCCCUUGAUAAACCGCCGAGGAGGCGGCGUCACGGACGCUCCCAGCAGCAGGACAAGCCGCCACGGUUCCGCCGCCUGAAGCAAGAACGGGAGGUGGCUGCCAGAAUGAACGGAGAAAGGAGCCUUUUCCCAGCCGAAGCCUUGCCACCAAACCCGCCUCCCAACCCGCAGACCGAGGAGAUCAAGGAGGUCAUGCGCAACGCAGCCGGCACCAAAUCCCCCGACCUGUCCAACCAGAACUCUGACCAGGCCAACGAAGAAUGGGAGACUGCUUCCGAAAGCAGUGACUUCACAGAAAGGCGGGACAAAGAUGGCAUGUUUGUGAAAAAUGCCCCCGGAGGCAUCAAGUCAGUCGAUCCCAAUGCUACUCAGAAGAAGGAAUCGUCCAAGCGCAGCUUCUCCAGCCAGAGACCCGGAAUGGACCGACAGAAUCGGCGUUCAAACCCAGGGGAUUCCAGUAGCAAGAGCAACCGAAAUAGUGCCGGCUCUGUCAGGAGCGAGAAACGCAACUGGCCCUCUCCAAAGAAUAGGAGGCCAGUGGAAGAAAGGACAGCUCCCCUCCCUGCAGCUCUUCCUCAGAAUGCAAGUGCAGUGUUCAGAGUGGACAGGAUCAUCCCCAGCGAUUCUGCCGCCAUCCAGAAAGCCAUUGCAGAAGUCAACAGCCGGCACAAGGAUCGCAAGCUGGUGCCCAGCAAAAUGAAGGAGAAGAAUGACAUGCUGACACAGUUCGAUCUGAACAAUUACGCAAGUGUGGUGAUUAUUGAUGAUCACCCAGCAGUUUCUGCAGAUGAUGAGUCCAUAUCUCCCUUAAAUGACGGCUUCACCCGUGUUCUUUCAAAGCGACAGAAGAGAAUCCUGGACGAUGAGCGCCGCAAAAAGGAAGAGCAUCUGCUGCAGAAGGCUGGUAAAAUUUGUGCAAUGGAUCCUCUGCAUCCUUCAUUACCCGGCUUCCCCAAAAAGCAGUCGAAGAAGGUGACUCUUUCAAACAUCGAGUCUGAAGAGAGCUGCAAGGGUCAAACUAAUGCAGCUGAUCUGGGAACCCAGAUUUGGAACAGCACACGUUCUGUUGGCUCCCUGACUCCUCCAGCAGCCUCCGGUCUGGAUACUUGGAUCAAACCUCUAAAUGUCUUUGCAGAGGCAGCCAGUGCUGAGGCCAGCCAGACUGACAGUGGGGUGGAUUUGAGCAGCGACUGUCAGGUCUCAUCAACCAGUUCCUCGCAGCGUAGUUCUCCAGCCAGCAGCCUGAAAACAGAAACCGGGGAGCGUGUCGGGCUUAUUAACCGGAUCAGCACAAAAGUGGUCGAGAUUCGAUCGGCAGAAAACCAGCUCCCAGAACCCAAAGAGCAGAGACAGAGACCUGCUAGGUCAGGAGCACUGAAAGAAAAUAAGUUUCAGGAAUCUGCCAGUGAGCUGAGUAAAGAUCAUAAACCUGGACCAAUAGGAAAUGAGCGUUCACUAAAAAAUAAGAAGGCAAGAGAAGGACAUCCGAAAGACGGUCCUGACACCACUGCGAAGGCUGUUGGCUUUUCUAUGAGCAGCAGACCCAAAUCCAAACCCGACCCUGACUUACUGCUGGAGACUGAGGUCGCUGUACCACCUAUCCAAUUUGGAGUAAGUGCAAAGGAUUCUGACUUCAGUCUGACUGUGACUACCUUGCCUAGAUCAACAGGUUCACCACCCAACAACCUGCAGAAUGCUGCCAGCAAUGAUGUGCCUUUAGCUGCCCCACUGCCAGUCCCCACCAUUGAGACCCCACCACAGGACAGUGAGAUGGCUCCUGUAUCUCUUCCCAGCACUGAGUUGACUCUUAAGAUGGAGUCUGCUCGUAAAGCAUGGGAGAAAUCUCCAGGUGUCACAGAAAAAGAUGUUUCUGCAAGCGUGGCUAACACAGAUAUGGCUGAGAUUACUGAUGACUACCAUUCUUUUGUCAACUCGAUACCCGUGGCCUCUGUGGCACCAUCUGCCACCCUCUCAGCGCCAAGUAACCAGAUUCCACCUUGCUACAUGGAAAGCCAUUUCUAUGGCAGCCAGCCUCGCGGGAUGCCUCCCUCCAUUUCUCAGCAUCAGGCGUUCCAGUCUGGACUCUCGCGGGCAAUGCCGACCCAGCAGAUCACACUUCCCCUUCACACUCCUCUUCAGGGCCAGGCCCAAGUUUCUGCUCUUAGCAUCCGACAAGGAACACAGGUCUCCCAAACACAGGAUAUGUUCAAUUCCCUCCAGUCUUUCAGGUCCCAACAGUUGUAUCUUCAGCCUGGACUCUCCCCUCCUUCUGCAGCCAUGGUGCAAGGCUCAACGCUAAUAUCAGGGGCUCCAGUAAAAGGCCAGUAUGUUGGCUUUUCUGCAGUGCAGGCUGCAGAGGUAGCGAAGGCUCAACCGGGAUUGCCCUACCAGCACGCAGCUUGCACUCCUCCAAUGUCUGUCAUCUACAACACUCAGCUGGGCAACUCCCAGCUCAUUGACUCUCAGCUGAUACAGAUGAGACAAAGCAUGGCCCAGCCAUCGGACUUCUAUUCCUCUCCACUGCAGCAGCCCAAUCAGAACAGCUACUUUGCUGCAGCACCAAUGUCCAGUGGCCCCCUCCACCAGAUGUUGGUUCCAAUGUUGGGCUCCCAGUUAUCUGUCCCUGGCUUUGGGUCCAUUCAGCAGCCCCUGGUUCAACUUCCGCAGUCUCUGCAUCACUCGCAGGCACAAACCGUCCCUCCAGGGCCCCCCCGAAGAGUCCUUCACUCUAGUUUUCAUACUGCUGCACCAACUCUCGGGAGAGAGGUUAACCCAGUGGAUCCUAAGACAUUUCACUUGGAAAGGAAAAUGAAUCCAUCUCCUGGGGCACUUGGCUACGCUGUCCCGUCACCUGCAAUGUUCAGGCCUGGAUCGACAAGCCCCAGGGGGAAGUCUCCUGGACCAGCCCAGUGUGGCAUCAAUCCCAUGCCAUGUUUCAGAGGGAAUGUGUCGCAGCAGGCAAAGCAGCGAGCAGAGGUGCUGCAGAGCACACAGAGGUUCUUUGAGCGAGUGACCCCCCGCAACAGCAGUGAUGCCGGCCCUCUCCCUGCCAAGGAGCACCAGGAAGGAGAGAGCGUGCCGUCACACAAGGAUGAGAAAUCUUCGAGCAACCCCAAGCCGGUGCGAACGGGGCCCAUCAAACCCCAGAGCAUUAAGCCGCAGGAUGAGAAACUGUAACAAGCGGCUGGAUACUGCAGCCUCUCAAAACUGAAGAAAUCUACAUCUUUUAAGGGGGUUUAUUUGUCUGUCUCAAAAAGGAAUAUGGCUUUUUUUUAAAAAAAAAAGACAAAACAUUACUGAUUUCAGUGGACUACACAAGUUGUUUUGCAAAAAAAAAUGAGCCAACUCCAACAGCGAUAAGUGGAUUGAGUGUGAAGCUGAACUGGGAGGAAGGAAGUGGGGGAAGGAAGAGGCUAAUAAGUCCUUUUUUAAGAAGAGAGAGGUCUAGAUUUCUCUACCAUAAUGAAGCAUUCAUCUUAUUGGUAACUAGUAAGUCCUUGUAGAUCCACUUAAUAAAUGCCAAUCCCUUAUAAGGCAGCUGCUUUUUUUGUUGAGGGACAGAGCAUAUAAUGACUAGAAUUGGUUUGAACACAAGGUGUUUAGAGUAAGAGGGCCACGUAAUAAGUCGAGCAUUUCAAAAGUACUACAGACAGAUCUGCUUUGGCUUCUGUCUUGUCAAUGUUGCAAAAAGAAACGGUUGUGAAUGUUUUUAAAUAGUGGUAGAUGGGUACAAAUGACCAUUUCCGUUACUGUUUUUACUCUGUGGCUGUUAAGAUGGUGCUGAGCAAUGUAAUACACUCCGGAUCAACUAAAUGUCGUCUUUUUUUUUUCUUUCCCUUUCUAUGCUGCCCCCUCCACACCCCAGACCCCCGGUUUUACAAAGUCGUGCAAGUGGCUUUUUUUAAUACAGUUUGAGAUUUUCUUCCCCCCCCGCCCUCAUUGGAUGCUGUAUGUUGUCAGUAUCGCCAAA